CCACUUAGCACCUUAUUUCAAUUUUUAGAUAAUUGUGACCAUGUCGAGAGAAUCAAGAUGAGAGUUUGUAUAGAUUUGCCAUAUUCAAAGAGUAAAGAGCAUUCAAUUUUUAGAUCCAAUAUAAAGAAUGCAGAAAAAGUAACCGAAUUAGGACUUUUAAAUCAUGACCCAUCCGAUACAAGUAUGAGCUCUGCAAUUGGAACAACAACAACAAUCAACAGUUUAUUAUUUUCAACUAUUUUCCACAAUUCAAAUACAUUCAUAAACUUAAAGAGACUUUAUUUAAUAACUACAAACCUCGAUAUAAAAUUUUUAGUUUCUCUUAAAAAACAUUUACCAAAUCUUUCGGGUCUUCAUUUGUCGGUAUGGAAUACCAAUGUAAAUUCUCUUUUUGAAAUGAUCACCUCAGUUUUUGGAAGUGGCUUAAAAGAGCUUACAAUUCGUUUUACAACAUGCCUUGGUAUCAAAUAUACACCAUUCUCUCAUACCGAAUACAAAUUGGAAGAUUCAAUGGUUGAAAUGUUAGUUAGAAAGUGUCCAAAUUUAGAGCAUUUUUCAUUUGAAGGUUGGCUUUCAAAUAUAACUGUCAAAUCUUUUCAAUUACUUUCAACUUUAAAAAUGAGACAUCUCGUUUUAAAGAAUGGCCCACUCACUCAAACUACAUGCAAACCAAUUUGGGCAAGAGUUAAAAUAGAAUCAAUGGAAAGCCCAUAUCAAUCAAAUUUAAUAUCCGAACACGAGAUUAAAAAUUUUGUAUCAAACCAACCAUUAUUAAAGGUUUUAGAAAUUAAUACACCACAAAUCGAUAAAUUUACAAAUUCAAAAGACUUUGAAAAAAAACAAAAUCGACAGGAUUUAAAUAAUAAUUAUGAUAACUUUAAUAAUAAUCAUCAACAACAACAAUCACCAAAUAUAAUCAACUCACCAGAUAUCGAAUUUGACAAUUUAAAUAGUUAUUUAACAAAUUUACAAAAACAUCAAAAAAAUUUAGCCCUUAGCCAUAACGAAACUAGUUUAUCUGAUGAUUUGGUAACAUUCUUUAUAGAAUCAUGCCCAAGUUUAAAAUAUUUAAAAAUUGUAGAUAGAUUAAAUUCACGUUCCCAUAUUAGAGCAAAUAGAAAUAAAUAUCAUAAAUUACCAAAAUUUUUAUCAGCUUAAUAAAAAACAAUCCCAACAUCAACAACCACCAUAAACACCCAUGUAAUAAAUAGUAUCUCAACCACCAAACAACCACCAAACAACCACCAGACACCAACACAAAAUAUAAAUCAUACAGUUAAAUUUUAUAAAAAAUGAUAUAUUAAAAUAUAUACACAAAAUUAUAUUAUUUUUUAAAAUUUUGGAUAUUAUUAUUUAAAAAAAAUAAUAGUCAAAUAAAAUUUAAAUAUUUAUUUAUUUAUUAUAGCUAUUUAUAUUUUAUCUAAAGAUAUUAGUAUAAAAUUUUAAAUAGUUUAUAAAUUC